AUGUCCGGAGGCGCUAACACGAGCGAACCGUCAGUCAAUGGUGCGCACGCGAUCGGCACGCGAAUCGAUGGCGAGCAAAGUAAUGGCAUCCAUAACGAUGACGACCAAACCAAGGGCGAUGGAAACAAUGACGAGCAAAACACUGGCGAGCAAAUCAAUGCGACGGAGCCCAAUAACAACUAUGAUUUUACGACCCGUAUUGACGGUCGGGAUAUUGACGAUGACGAGCAGGGGAUUGUCGCGGACAUCGAAGCUUCAUGGGCAUAUGGUAACCCGAAAUAA